UUAACGUGCAAACAAAAGCGAAGGACGUGCGGUGCGACGAGUGGUGCGACGAAUGACGAACCUCGGAGAUUUGUUCGGCGUCUCGGGGAACGCUGUUAGUGCGCGUGGCCGCGCAAGGUGCCAAAGGUUGGCUUGCUCCACCGCCACCGUCCCGAGUUUGACUCCGACGUUCCCCAGCACCAGCCACAUGGUCGCUCUGCUCUGCCGUCUUCUCCCUUGUUGUUGUUGUCGUUGUUAUUGUUGUCAUUGCUACCGCAAUGACCUCUGAAUUUCCAACCGCUUGCGUUUCUCGCCCUUCAUUCCGAUCGUCCAAAUCGUAAUUGGAAAAUCGAACUUUCACUUUGUUAACAAAUGUGUUUGUCAACUGGUGAAUAAUUGUACAAAAAUUAUGACAAAGUGUAUUUUUUUCAUCCCUUACAAACUGUACUCGAAAAAGGGGAAGUUGUUCGAACUGUUUGUUUGAUACAUUUAGUUGAUCGUAUCUUUGAAUCCCUUUUGUUUUCCGUACAGAAGCAGACCUCGAGUUCCAAUUUUUGUUUUCUUACACGAUAUUCGUCGGUGUGUAGUGUCGCAGGUACAAAAUUGAACUUUGGCAUUUAGAUCCGGAGCUCAAUAUAACAUAUUGUGGUGGUUUGUUGCAUCGAAAAGUUCUGAGCGCAUGUCGUGACGCAUCGUGACUAUCCUACGUUAUACUAGUUCAUGAAAAGAUUAUACAGGUACGAGAGUUGGACACGUCACGACGAAAGUUACAUCGUUCAAGUCCGUAUGAGAGAGACUCGUGAAAUGAAUCUGGCUCAUCUAUUGAAUGGGUUCGGAGGAACACGUGUAAGAAAAUAUUUAUGAGACACUGUACGAUGUGGGUUACUUUUGAAUCGGAGCGUUUAUCCGCGUUCGACUGACUGGACAACGAUAGUUUGAAUAAUAAACGAAUAUCGGCCAUUGUGUUGUAACUGCAGUGUAUCGGGGAAAAGUGAAUAUCGACGAAGUGUGAAGGUGAAGAAGAGGCGUGAACUGGGGUGCGUUUUCCUGCUUAGUUAGUCAACAACGAUCUUAAAAAUUUAUGUACGAGAAAUAGUGCAAUUAUUAAUCAUAACGAGUUUUAAUAGAAAAAUAGUACGGAUAUCAAUAGUUACGAUACAUCAGCAAGUAAAUUCUAGGACUUGAUUAUCAUCAGGAUAUUCACCCGUUUCCCCAGGUAUUCGAUACACGUAUAAAAAAAAUCGCCUGAAACUCUAUAGACGUGAUGCAGCGUUCACUCCACGUGAUUUUGUUUUUGUCACUGAACUGUAUUGACGAAAAUAGAACAAAAUCAAAAUCUUAAACCAAAAAAAAAGAAGAACUUGAGAAGAAGAAACAACGAAUUGAAAAAAAACGGAAGCGCGAGUGAUCGGAGACAGCUGGUGCAGUGUGUGAGAAAUAGAAGAAGACUUGAAUUUGGCAAAGAACGUUGGACUAUAGGUAGAUGCAGUUCCAAGGGUUGUUGGCUGAAUGCGAGUCGCGCACUGUUGCGCAGCCAAUGCAAAGCGGUUGCUGACGGGUUUUUGGAAUUGGAGCGGUGCAGGAGGGCGCCUGGCAGCGCCGCGGAUGUCACUGCUUGGGCGACCGGUCAGCUACCGGGUGGCGCGACGAGAUGGUCGCUACCGUCGUCUUCAGGGUCGCAUUUACAACUUCCUGGAGAGGCCUCGCGGUGCCCUUGACAUCUCCUAUCACAUGGUCGUGAUCUGCAUGGUUUUCACAUGCUUCGUACUAUCAGUUUUCAGCACAAUAGAGGAAUAUGAAAAAGAGGCGGGGAUUUUACUAUUUUAUAUGGAAAUGGUGGUCGUCGUUUGGUUUACCUUAGAAUUCUGCCUCAGGCUAUGGUCAUCGGGAUGUUGUUCCAGGUAUCAGGCGGCCAUCGGGCGUCUGAAAUUCCUUCGCAGGCCAUUCUGCAUUAUAGACGUCGUCACAAUCGUGUCGAGCAUCGUGGUCCUCGGUGUCGGAAGCAGUGGCCAAGUCUUCGCUGCGAGUGCUCUUCGGGGCUUACGGUUCUUCCAAAUCCUCAGGAUGGUCCGCAUGGACCGUCGCGGUGGAACGUGGAAACUUCUAGGUAGCGUCGUCUACGCCCAUCGACAAGAACUGAUCACCACCCUAUACAUCGGAUUCCUGGGCCUUAUAUUCGCCAGCUUUUUGGUCUACUUAGCAGAAAAGGAAGACGAACAUUUCAACAAUUUCGCCAAGGCUUUGUGGUGGGGCGUGGUAACGCUAUGUACGGUGGGAUACGGGGAUGCGGUGCCAAAAACGUGGCAGGGCAAAGUGAUCGCCUCCUUUUGCGCCCUACUUGGGAUCUCAUUCUUCGCCCUACCAGCAGGCAUCCUAGGGUCUGGGUUUGCAUUAAAGGUUCAGCAGCAACAGCGACAAAAGCACAUGAUCCGAAGGCGACAACCAGCUGCAAACCUUAUCCAAGCUCUAUGGCGUUGUUAUGCAGCUGACGAGCACAGUAUGAGCGUAGCAACGUGGAAGAUUCACCAGAUUCCACUUCCUAGUCCCCCCAGUCGGGUGUCUUCUAGCUUCAAACACAACGCAUCAUUCGUCAGCAGAUUACCAACCAUUCGUAGGCACAAGAGUACAUCUCUGCACAGCCCCAGUCUACACAAACCUGGACAUCAAAGUCACCGAGGCAACGCGACAAGGUCAUUUGCAGAUAUGAACGCGUCAGCAGAGAACUUGGGAGGCGUCAGUACCAAUGGCGGCAGACAACUGAACGCGAGUCAUUCGGAAGAUUCGGUCACUGAGACAGCCUUGUCUAAAAAAAACUCUGAUGCGAAUGUCCGACUGGGACGAUCUUCUUCGACAGUGGAUCUCCGGGCUUUAGGUCUGGACGGGCUGGUCGGGCGUUUAGGGGAAACUUCGACAUUGCCGCUCGCCUUGGCUGGGCUAAUGCCCCACGUAACCAGAGUGGUACCAGUACUUCCAUUCUCACCGACAAUAUCUCCGAACUCCGAAAAGUACGAAGAUGAAGAGCCUCGAUGUAUUCAGUUGACGAAUCAACACAAAGGUGCUAUCCGGGCCAUAAGAAAGAUAAAAUACUUCGUGGCCCGGAAGCAGUUCAGGGAGGCUUUGAAACCCUACGAUGUCAAGGAUGUUAUCGAGCAGUACAGCUCAGGCCAUGCAGAUCUGCUGAAUCGCGUUAAAAAUCUCCAGUUCAGGUUAGAUCAAAUUCUAGGUAAGCAGGGAUCGAAAGCCAAAGACGUAUACGCGUCGAAAAUCAGUCUUGCAUCGAGAGUUGUCAACGUCGAACGACAGGUUGACGAGAUCGAAGUAAAACUUGACCACUUAAUAGAGCUUUACAUGGAGGACAGAAAACGAUUACUGGCACUUCCGUUACCAGCGUCAGAAGCUAUUCCGGUCCAAACAGGUGGAGGUGGAGGACCUGGCGGAGGGACAGGGACAGGGGGUGUCGUUUCGCAGAUCUUGAAGCCGAUUUUGAUCGACAAACAGUUAUCCGAACCGAGUUCACCGACGUCGAAAACUUUCUCGGAAAAACCUCGCCCCCGGCAGAUACACAGAGGUCAUUCGGAUUUGAGCAGUCGCGUGCAGAAGAAAAGGGUGACAUUAAGUUCCAUACCGUCACACUUGAGCCAUCCCAUAGAAGCGGCUUCUGUCAUCGCUCUUGGAUCAGCGGAAACCUCCUCAGUGACCUCUAGAAGCGAUGAAGUCGUUAUUGUGGUGCCUUCUCCGCAGGAGACAGCGAUCGAACUCGAGAGCAGAAGCCUUAGAGUCUACGAGGCUGUUCCGAGUCCCAAAGAGUCUACCACUGUUGCAGUUGAGAGUGAUCCAGAGAAUCUGUUCGUCUCAGACGAGGACGAAACUUCUUGUGAAAAUACGGCGUUGCUAGGAGCAGCCAGAACGCAAAUAAUCGUCACCCCGAGCUUAAGUCCCGGCCACAGUACUCUGGACCUAGCGCAUCUUCAUCAGCCAAGUUCGAGGGAUCUGUUAACGCCACAUCCGCAGUCUGACUGCUAGGAAAAGCUUAGCGCUAUUUUCUUCUUUAUGUACUGUUCCAAGUUUGAAAAUAAUUGCACCCUGCAAAGUCCUGUAACUACUUCUUUACCUGUAGCCUGAUAUUAGUUCAUAAUUUUGAAAGCAAUAUACAGGCACUCAAAAUUUAGAAUCCGUAGGCUAUUAAUAGUGGUCAGAAUCUCCACCUAGAUUAUUCAUACAAUGAAAAUUUGAGUCAAAGAUAUCGUCGACCGGAGAGUUGGAAAACGGUCAAUCUUAAGCUCAUGAUUACCGCUGAAAAAGGGAUUCUCGAAGACUCGAAGGCAUAGCACUUUUUUAUGAUCAUCGACCAAUGAAUUAAAGAUUAAGAACCAAAUUAUGAAACGAUCAUUUAAUUUGUACGCUUUGAUGUUAUUUGUAUUGCAUACAGCUAUCUAUGAUACAGCGUCGAAACUUCAUUCGUCGCUGACUCUCGAUUAAUGAACGUAAGAAAAGCUACGAUCACUCGAAUCCAAUGAGAUUUUAGCUUUAUUAUUCUUCGAUCAAGGGACGGUUUCCAUUGAUCUUUAGACAUCGGAAUUUGAAGAAAUUUCCAACACCGAAAUUACAAAAUUGAGUAGGUUAGUGCAAAAAAGAUAUAAGUGCAUUUUUCGUCAUCCCUUUGGAAUACGGUUUUCCCAAAAAGUAAUCUUUUUUUAUGCCUAGGAAAUAAACUAUGAACAAAUUUAAAAAGUUUUCCACUCGUAACCUUUUCGUACUAACCCCUCCCCAAGGACGAAGGCUUCAGCACCAGAAAAAAAAUUAAUAGAAUUUAUAUUAUAUUUAUCGAUUACAUUCUAGAAAACGGAUUUUAAAAGAAUAAAUUUAUACAUAGUUAUAGAUAUGUACAGCGGUUGUUUCCAAGUCACACGUUCUUUAGGGCCCAUUUGUAAGACACGAUUUCAUCCCAAUUUGGUUUGAUUUUAACUGUGCACAAGUUUGUGAAACAAAGCCUAUCCUAGGUGGAUGACCCUGAUCAAACUGUCAACUCGCUAUACUUCGUAUCAGUACACAGUGGUCCUCCAACUUGGCAAUGUUAAAAUUCUAUAAACUCAAACCUGGAAUUUUUAAAGUGCUCUGGAACCAUCUUAUUGCACAGUUAUUUCUAUACCGUUGAGUUUGAAAGACACAAUUGUAGCAUAAAGUUGUAGGUAACACCAAUUUCAAAUCAGAAGUUUACACAGUAUAUUGGCCUACUGCAGAGUUCCUUCGUACCAAUCAUAUACACUAUAAUUACACACGAUGGAUAUUUUUCAAGACUCAGUCGAAUAUUUCGCAAAAUUAAAAGAGUUAUCAAAAAAACUUUCAAACGAAAGUCAUCAGCAUCGGUCUGGUCUUUUUCAUGUAUUUUCAGUUCGUAUGGAUUAGCUGCUUCAUCCCAUCAUAAAAAGUUCACACCCGAGUAUAUUACUCAUUUCGACCAAUUCAAUUUUGGCAUGAACAAAGAAUUUUUACGAUUGAUUCAAACGAAAUUGAAUCAUUAAAUUCGGUCCAUUUUUAUCGAAUAUAUGUAACUUGGCUGUAUAACCGUUGUUAUAGGUACUACAACGACAUUCGGCUUUGCUAAAGUUGUUAACGAUUCAAUAUAAGAAACGCAUCACGAUAUCGAAAUAAAUAUAAUUCGUAGCUUUUAUUCGCUGUAAAGAUGAUUUUUCAAAUAAUUAACUUUAAUAGGCUCCUGUGGCAAAGCAGCAUUGAUUAUUCGUCUGGAAUCCCUCAAACCAAGUUCGAAUUUUCUUCAUUCUGGCAUUCGACUCAAUCUUUACAAUCAGGCGGCCCGAUGAAUACCCAUCCAUAACUAAGUCCGGUGAACCUAAUUCUAAGUGCACAUAAAAUAUCUCGUUCCUAAUUCCUAUGAAGAGCUACCGAAUGGAUUAAUUUAAGAAAUUAAUCAUAUUCGAGAUAAAUCUAAUCAUAUAUUGAUUCAAUAAAGAUUAAUCGGGAAUGUCAUCUGUAGAAGAGAAGGAAAAACAGAAAUCUAGGUAUCUGAAUACCUCAUGAAGUACUGACCUGAUUAGAUUGAAAAUUCUGAUAACAGUCGAAGAUGAUUCUCUGGACUUCAAAACGUUGAGAUUUGGUAGAAAUCAAAUUUUGGUCCAAGGGAUGAUUAUAAUAAUCUUUGCUGGAGCGGGACGUAUGCUUUAUUAAAUAAGAUGAUCACAGUAUUGAAUAUAUGAAACUCAUAUAUAUAAAUAUUGUAGGUGUGGAAACAAUUUUGGACAAAUAGAUCUUAAAUCAAGAAAUUAUAUAGAUAAAUAAAGAAAUGUUUAGUUAUUACACAUACGCCUAAGGAAUAUAGGGUCUUAAACUGUUAUAAAUAUAUGAAAAACAAAAUCUAUACAAUAAACUAAUACUUAGGGCACAAGAAAGACGCUUAAAUAAUAAAUGAAUGGACGCUCACAAUACUUAACGAUUAUAACCUUGUAUAGAUUGUGAAUUGAUGAAUUUCUGUGAAAUUUCAAUAGCAUUUAGUGAUAAUACUUUUGACGCAUCUUGCGGGUAAUGCAAAUAAUCGCAUGAUUCUGAGGAUUGAUUAUACGCAAUAAUAUGGCGAUUCGCCCUGUGCUUUUUUCAAUUAAGUUGUGUUAAUAUCAUCUCAAUUGCCACGCAGUCAAUCAAAUUAAAGCACACGUAUAUCCAUAAAUAAAAACUAUCCGUUGAAAUUUCUCAGAAGCAUUACAUGUAUGAUUGUUACAUGCUACCAAAAACCUUUCAAUUCUCAUUGUCAGUGGCAGAUAAAAUUUAUCAUUGAAGGCCUCAAAAUUUUUGAAAACACGAAUGACUGUCAAUCAAAGGUUGCUGAAUUCUAAUUUCACUUCAUUCCAAUCACAACUAACAAUAAAUAAUACGACGAUGGUUUUUGGCUGCUAUGGAAUCCCUUACUGUAAUUUGUAUUGAGAUAUAACUAUAAUGAUAGAAGGUAUAGGUGUAAAGCAACAACUAACAUAAUGUAAUACCAAGAAGUAGGUAAAUUAUUUUUUGAACUGCUUCGGAAAAAGGAGGAUUCAAAUGAAAUAAAAAUUUUUUUAGAAGCAUGAGUACAUACAUCGUAUGCAUUGUAUGUUGAUACAAUGUUACCGUUUAGCUUGAAAUAGAAUAGUAACUCGCUACCAGAAAUAAAAAUUCUUUGAGAGUAAUUUUUAGUGGUCGGUUUUGAAAGUAUAAUAGUACUAUAUAUAAAUAUAUUACUAUAGUAAUAAUGGUUUUAGGGUUGGGUUAGGAGACGUUACCAAUGGUACAAGCUUUAAAGUCCAUAGCGACCAAAGUAUACCUAUACAUGAGUUAAUUAGAAGUGUCUUUAAUUACUGUACAUCUAUGCUUACAAUAAGAGGUACACGAUGCGGCUAUUUUUCAAUUAUUACCCGGUAUUACUGGUCACCAAAAAUGCUACAGCACCGUACCAUAUAGAUCUCACACUAAUUUCUUACCUACGAUAACCAUCAUCAUGAUUUUAAGUAAAAUAUAUCAAGUACAGUCGACCUCCUAUAAUCUGAACUCUGGCUCGUGAUCUAUAGAAUCCCCUCUCUUUGCACUAGAGAGAAAAAGACACAAAUAUUAUCUUCCUUUUUACAUUGUGAGUUGAUGUGGAAACUCCUGUAGUUUGAUUUCUAACAAUAAGAACAAUUGGUAGGUUUCUCAAUAAAUUUUAGGAGUUUGACUGUAUGACAUACCAGAAUUGAAUACGCACGAGUUUUUCAAUAAUGUAAUAAAAAGUCUGCGGUUGGGUCUCGUCCCAACAGGAGAUAUUUUCUUCAAAAAUCCAUCUGACGGUUUCAUUAUGCAUCAACAUUCGGAUAAUCCAAUCAUAGGAAAUACUGAUCUACCCAGCAUUACAAAUAAAUCAAAUUCAAAAGACAAAAUAACUUUUAUCUGCAGUUCAAAUAUAACUAUUAUGUAUAAUGAAUUUACUGUGUACAUUACAUGGAAUUUAAAACGAAAUAUUGUUAUAACAAGUGACAUAGUAUAUAAGCUAUACAAAUACAUCACAUUUGCUAGAUUAUUUUCAUUAUUACCAAUAAUUAAUGAUAACUAUAUUAUACGUAUACAUCAAAAUACAGCUACAGGUAUCCGCGCCACAUGAUUUCAGAUGUUAAUUACUCUGCAUAAAUCUAUUCAUACCUAUAGUACUACGGCGAGACGUAAUAUACGAUACAAUAUAAAGAGUACUACACUUGGGAAGUAGAUUUUGUAAAUUGCUGUUUAGAAUCUACACUGCUGAUUUCACCCAUUUUAUCUUAUAGUAUAUCCUAUAGCCUUUAAGCGCUAUGGCAAUUGAACACCACUAUCAUCAUAUCACCUUAUUUUCAGACUCGAAAAUUUAUAUUUUGACACUGCACUACUAUCAACUGAACUCUCCCUGUGUUAAGAUGAGACCCUUCUAUUAUAUUUUGUACACUCGUUCAAAAUUAGUGUUAUGUGAUUUGAUCUGUUGUAAGCAGUACUUGAAAAAUGUAUAUGUCGUUGAAUACCAAUUAACUACCACCGAUCGCGAAUUCCUUCAAUACAGCUCUUUCAGGAGCUUCAAUAAACUUUCAAUAUAAAUCGUGCCCCUCAUGUGAUUUUGUUCGUACUUUCAACGAGAAAUCGGCCAUUCUGAAUGAACUCAAAAUAAGUGGGCCGGAUAAAUGACAUCAAUUUAGUCACGCUGUGGAAUCGGUUUAUAUUAUUAUGUACUUUUUUAGUCAUUUGUUGUUUUUGUUGCAUUAUUUCUUGGUCAGGUUCUGUAAAUUUUGACGAUGAAAAAAUGGAAAGUGGCAGAAUUUUAAUCGCGCACAAUUUGUUUUUUACAAGAAUGGUAUUUUACAUCGAAUCUAAUAACAAACAAUCUUAUGCACAGAUGGUUUAAAUUGCGAAUGGAUGAUUUCGUUGCAUGGAUGCAGUAGUAUCAGUUUGAAAAAUCUGCGUAUCCCCAAUAUGAUUCUUGUAUCCAAAUGCUCAUAAAUAAAAUGCUUACUCAGGGAUUGAUUUUUUGAGGAAAAAAUAUUGAUUCAAUGAAAUUCCGCCGUUUGCAUUCAUAUCGGUAUUUUCUAAUGAAAAUCAAUCGUUUGUACAAAUUCAACUAUGUUAUAAUCUCAAAAUGGAUGUAGGAAUUCAUCACCGACAAAACUUUUAUUUGAAUUGUACAAAUUGUGUUUUUAGGUACAUGAAUAAAAACAGCAUUCACUCGA